AUGCAGCUAUACUGGAGAAAAUAUUGGGAUGAGGACUAUGUGCGAAGUCUAGAGGACCAGGUGCAAUCUUUGCUCGGCGUGCUCAAGGCUGAAGGCAAAGAGAAACCCGACGUUGCCUCAGCUGGUAAUUUGCAAACUGCUGGUGUCGAGUCACAGGUAUCUCAUAUAGUUCAUCCUAACUCCGUCGAGCCUUUGCCUCGGCCCGAUGGUCUCCUACAUAAUCACGGCGUUAGUCAGCAUUCGACUUUGCCGACUCCCGAGAAACCCCGGCCUGCCAUGUCACAAGAAAGAUCCGAAGCUGCCAUAGAAGAGUUGAGUGUCAUGAUGUGGAGAACAAACAUAGGCGAUGGUGUGACCAUCAUCAGCGACGACUCGACAGGCUCACAGCAUUUGAUAGAAAAUACUUCAAGCCGACUUAGGGAUGGUAUCCCUGCCACCACCCCUGAUGCCAUAUUGGCCUACAGCAAAGAGCCAUCAUUGAUGCAAAGCCUGGCGAUCGCUUUCCUAGAGAAUGUUAACAGCGAACACCAGUUCACCUCGUACAGGCUCAAUGACCUCAGCUUCCUUGCAGGCUACCCUCACCAGCGCCCCGACCUGGCUUUUCUGCACAGUGCCGUCCUUGCCACUGGCGCAGCCUUCUCCAGAAGACAGGACUCAGUCGCUGCCGGUGAGGAGUUCGCCCGCUUCGCGGAAAGCCUGGUAUUUACCUGCUGCCACGAGGCUCCCAGCGUGGCCGUGGUUCGCGGGCUCUGCAUCCUUUCUUGGCGCUCCCUAGCUCUAGGGCGUGAUCACUUUGGCUGGCUCUUCAUCUCGAUGGCAGCAGGAAUAUGUGUGCACCUUCGCUUGCACGUCCUGGCUUUGGACGAGUGCGCGGCGAGGUCUUGGGAGCCGGAUCCCGAGCAUAUCCGGACCUUCUGGAUGUUCUACAUCAUCGAUCGCACGGCUAUCUCGAUCCUUGGACGGAACUGUGUGCUGCCUUGGCGGCGAGCGAAUGUUCCUAGCUUUGAGAUGACGCUGGGGGACUUAGCGGUGGCCGAUAUUGCUCAGGUAUCGUUUGCUUGGCAGUGUAGGUUGUGGUACUUGCAUGACAGGAACAUGGACCAAAUAUUCUCCUCGGCCUUUGAAACCAUGAGCGGCCCCCAGCAGAUCCAACUGCUUGUCUCGACACACGACGCCCUCAAUACCUUCUUUCAUGCCCGUGACUCACGACUUAACUUCUCAUUCUCGAGGCAUCAUGGAUGCAGUGUAUCCAAACACGUCUUGUUCUUCCACAUGGCGUACCAGAUGGCUCUGCUCAUUACUCUGCCUCCAUUCCUACGAUGCUUUGUUACUCGAAGUAAAACGAACACACCGCCCCAAGAAAAACAAGACCAGGAGCUCAGAACAACAGUAGACGAAGACCCCAAACUAACCGCCAUGCCCCUAAUCCUCCGCUCCCUUACCAGUGCAGCCUCAACAAUGGUUCGUCUAAUCCGAGCGUACCGCGACCAGAACCAAGACUACGACUCCAAAUGCUGGCGAGCCCCCAACCCAGUCAUCAUCCAUCACCUCCUCAGCGCAGCCAUUGUGCACCUGAUGAACGCCACGAGCCGGUCCGACGAUGCCCUGCGGCGGCAGAGCGCUCACUGGCUGCGCGUGUGCAUGGAGCUCUUAGCGCAACUGCGGGCGGGCGCAUGGCGUGCCAGAGCGGACAAGAGUAUCAGGGUCAUUCGCGUGCUGGCGCAACGAUGGGGUGUGCUGGGGGCGUUGCCGAUGCGGUUUAGUUACCGGGUUGAACCUGAGGGGUCGGGGACGCAGGAGGGUGUAUGGGCGGGCGAUGUCAAUGAUGGUUGUGGGAAUGGGGUGGAGUCAACAGCUGCAUGUGGUGCAGGUGGUUCCAAAUUAAAGGGAGCUGAAUUUCAGUCGAGAAGUAACUUAGAGCGAAUAUUCCAGGGCUUCGAACCUAGCUUGUUCGACAUAGCGGGUGCAAACCUCGACGUUGACUCUGAGGCUAUGUGGGAGUUUGGUGGGUUGAGUAACUGCGAUGACUUCAAUUGGCUAAUAUAG